GGAAAUUGAUUUUUUCUUGGAAUUUUUGAAAAAAAAAAAGCAAAGGCACUAUCGGUAGUGGAAGAUUAGAAAUGACGCGCCUCCAGGUCAUCAUCAAAUUACGAAGUAAUCCAAUCAGACAACAAACACAAGGGCAAUACCUAUAAAAGCGGAUGGCCAAUAGCAUAUAGUUACCAGAAACUUGGAGAAUUUUUAUAGUGCAUCUGCAUUUGGAAGAGCCAGGAUGGAUCACGCAGCAGCUGCUUAUCAUACAGACUUGAUGACCAUAACGCGCUUCGUUCUUAACGAGCAGUCAAAACAUCCAGAAGCUCGUGGCGACUUUACAAUUUUGCUCAGCCACAUUGUCCUUGGCUGCAAAUUUGUUUGCUCUGCUGUCAGUAAGGCAGGACUCGCCAAGCUUAUUGGUCUUGCUGGAGGGACCAAUGUGCAGGGAGAGGAACAAAAAAAACUAGAUGUUCUCUCAAAUGAAGUAUUCAUCAAGGCUCUAGUAAGCAGUGGGCGCACAAGCAUUCUUGUUUCUGAGGAGGAUGAAGAUGCAUUUUUUGUAGAGCCAUCAAAAAGGGGAAGAUACUGUGUAUGUUUUGAUCCACUUGAUGGAUCCUCCAACAUCGAUUGUGGAGUAUCUAUUGGAACAAUCUUUGGAAUAUACAUGCUCAAGAAUGAUAGUGAAGGAAGCUUGAAUUCUGUAUUGCAAGCAGGCAAAAACAUGGUUGCUGCAGGGUAUUGCAUGUAUGGAAGCUCUUGCACGCUUGUCUUGUCUACAGGGACAGGUGUGAAUGGUUUUACGCUAGAUCCCUCUCUUGGAGAAUUUAUUUUGACUCAUCCAAACAUAAAGGUUCCUACGAAGGGCAAAAUAUAUUCAAUAAAUGAAGGCAAUGCAAGACAUUGGGAUGAGCCAACCAAAAAGUAUGUUGAGAGAUGCAAGUUUCCGGAAGAUGGAUCAUCGCCUAAGUCUCUUAGAUAUAUUGGAAGCAUGGUAGCUGACGUGCACCGAACACUCUUAUACGGUGGCAUAUUCAUGUACCCUGCAGAUAAAAAAAGUCCCAAUGGAAAGUUACGCACACUCUAUGAAGUGUUUCCAAUGUCUUUCAUAAUGGAGCAAGCUGGAGGUCAAGCUUUCACAGGGACAGAACGAGCACUUGACAUAAUACCUACCAAGAUUCAUCAACGUUCACCAAUCUUCCUUGGGAGCUUUGAUGAUAUUGAAGAGAUCAAGUCUUUAUAUGCAGCAAAUGAAGCGAGUAAAGCCACCUAAGCUCGACACUGGUUCUGUUAAGUUCAGAUUCAAGUGUUAAACAGAUAAUUACCAUAAGCUCAGUUUCCCAAAGGAUAAUAAUCAUUAGAUGCUUAUAGAAGAUGACAUCUUUGAAGACACAGAAGGAUCUCAAUCCUCAAAACAUAAAUAAUAUUUGAUCCAUAAUCAAAAGAAUGUGGAUCUUAAAAGCACCUUGCAGGAAUGAAAUUUUCUUCCAUUUUAAUCCCUUAUUUCAUUUC